AUGGGAAGAGCUCCUUGCUGUGAGAAAGUGGGGUUGAAGAGAGGAAGAUGGAGUGAAGAAGAAGAUAAGAUCUUGACAGAUUUCAUCAAGCAAAAUGGUGAAGGAUCAUGGAAGUCCUUGCCCAAGAAUGCAGGUUUGUUAAGGUGUGGAAAGAGUUGCAGGCUAAGAUGGAUCAACUAUUUGAGAGAAGAUGUGAAGAGAGGCAACAUCACUUCUGAAGAGGAAGAGAUCAUUGUCAAGUUGCAUGCUGCUCUUGGUAAUAGGUGGUCUGUGAUAGCAGGACAUUUACCAGGACGAACGGACAAUGAGAUAAAGAACUACUGGAACUCUCAUUUGAGGAGAAAGAUUUACUGCUUCAUGAGAUCUUUAAAUGACCAACAAUCUCUCCCACCCAUUGACAUGAAUGUAGCUACAAAAUCCAAGAGAAGAGGUGGAGGAACAAGAAGCAAGCUACCUAUGGAAGAUGAAAACAACAUGAUGGCAGUGAGUUUGAGCCAAAACUCCCUUGAAACAAUUCCUAAAAGGAAAGCUGCAAUUUUCAAUAGAGGAGAAGGUGAUCAAGUUUCAAUGAUAUUGGAUGCUUGUGACCAAAUGCAGCAGGGCAACAUAAAUAGUACAGCAGCUGCAUCAUACAACGCUAGUGUGAAUGGAGAUCAUAUUGAAGGCUUCGGCUUGGGACCAUAUCAUGAUGAAAUUAUGAAACUUGGUCACAUGUUUGAAAAUGGUAUUGGUAUUGGGAGCUCAUCAAUUGUAGAGAGUGAAGAGUGGCACACUACUCCUACUUCUGGUUGCUUGUCAGUGAAUUCUAUUUCUACCACAGAUUUUCAGUGCUUUGAUUGGGAUUUGCAAGGUACUGUUCAAUCUCAUAAUGAGUGGGACCUUUAUGAAGAACAAGACCAAGUAGUCACUGGCUUGUGGGGUACUGGCAUUGGUGAAAUAAAUGGUUUUCAUCAGUUGUGAGUUGCCCAGAAUUGCUGGAUGCAAAUUAAGUUGUUCGAAUAUAGUAAUGUACUUUUAUUCCAAUUUGUCAUUACAUUAUGUCUAUGGGGCAAUUUAAAUAGACAACUGAAAGUGAGUUGGUGGGUGAAUUUACGCAAUUUGCAAGAUGUCCUUGCAGGUUCUGAAGUCUAUGUAGUCGUUGUAAAAAUAAAUAAGUGUAUCAGAAUACUGGUUGUGUGAAAGUAUGUAAAUUUUAUUUAUUUUAUAUUCCUUA